AUGAUGUGGUGCAUGGAGUGGCUUUCCAAGGUUGAAUAUAUUGUCAAUGGAAAUCAAUACCAUUUGGGCUAUUAUUUGGCAGACGGGAUCUACUCCCGUUGGGCUACUUUGGUGAAGACUAUCUCUUCUCCUGAUAACCCAAAAAAGAGGCUUUUUGCACAAAUGCAAGAAGUGUACAAGAAGGAUGUUGAAAGAGCAUUUGGAAUAUUACAACCUCGAUGGCCUAUUGUUUGGGGCCUGCACGAAUAUGUUACAAGGAUAAGCUGCACUUAA